AUGGGGGACGCCUUGUGGUUGUUGGUAUCAGAUAAGGAUAAAACAGCAAAGAAAAUGUCCUGCCAUUGCCGAGCAAUUAUGAAUUGCUUGCACCAGUAUCAGGCCGAAAAGGAUAUUGCUGCAUUGGCUGCCUUGCAUUUAGAGGGUAAGACUAAUAACACAGGCACCUCACCCUCGCUGGAUGCGGGAAAGAUUACUCUUGGAGGGGAUAAUCUCCCCCAAGCCCCCGUUUUUACGUACGUCCCUGUUCCGCCUAGGGGCGGCGUGGUGCCCUCGGCACCCUCACCUCAGGUUGCUGCUCCACCCUUGGCGCCCCCGCGGUCUGGGGACAAUGAGGAGGGCUUGCCCGCAUGCCCUGCGGCAGAGUUAGAGGAAGAGGCGGCCAGGUAUCAUUCUAACAAUAACGGCAUGUCUGGCAAGGGGUCACCUCAGCCUCAUUUGCCAGUUAAGGGCAGAAUUGACUGGCUAUCAGUUAUGGGUGAGGCUUUACAGGCAGGGGACUGGGAAGUGGUUGCGUUAUUGCAAGAAAGACAGGAGGAAAGUCAGAUGCUUAAGACAUUUCCGGUUCCAUAUGUGCCGGAUGGGCAGGGUAAUCAGGUAGCACAUAUUAUCCCCUUAGAUUGGAAUUUGUUGAUGCUGCUGAGAAAGACCGUGAACGAAUCAGGCUUGCAUGGAGAGCCGACUAAGCUAGUGUUGAAUUAUAUCUGGGGAAGUGGGCUACUGCUGCAAGAAGACAUAAAAAAUAUUUUUAAAAUGAUUAUGACUCCAUCUCAGAGCUUUUUGUGGCAAGCGCACUGGCAGGCUGUCUGCCAGGAAUCUGUUUAUGUACAGCGGGUUCAGGGGGACCCCCUAUACGGUGUCAUUCUGGAACAACUAAUGGGAGUAGGGCAGUUUUCAACCCCUGAAAGGCAGGCCAUGCUAGGUGCUGAUGUAAUUAAGGAAGCUAUGCGCCUAGCCCGACUGGCUCUGAGUCGAGUGAGGACUGAUAGGCCCAAUCAGCCGUCUUAUAUGAGCAUCAAACAAGGGUUGCAAGAAUCGUUUUCAUCUUUUGUGGAUAAAAUAACGGCUGCAAUAGAUCGUGCUGGGGUGCCACCCUAUGUGCACAGAGCAUUGUUAAAGGAGUGUCUAAUUCAAAACUGCAAUCCCCGAACAAAAGACAUUCUAGUCACCCUCCCUGCUAAUGCUGGGGUAGAGGAAAUGUUAGAAAGAAUGAGCAGAGUACCAUCAGGGACACAGGCCAGGUUAGUGGAAGCAAUUAAGGACCUAACCCUAGCCUUAAAAGACGGGCAAGCGUUAGCGCUUUUACGCCCCAGAGGUCGACCAACAACAAAACAAAGCCCGAAUACAGUCUGCUAUCGCUGUGGCCAACAAGGCCAUAUCAGGAAGCAGUGCCGAGUUCAAGUUUGGUGUGAGAACUGUAAGCUGAACAGUCACUCCACCAUGGCGUGCCGGCGCAAGCCGGGAAACGGGAAAAGGAGCGCGAGGGGACGCGGCGCCAGGACCCCAACUGCGAACCGCUCAUAG